AGAGACUGGUUUGUGGGGAUCUAAUUUCUAAAAGUCGCCGUUGACUAGGGCACAGUUUUAACGGUUUCGAAUUAAUUUUCAGUCAAAUUUGUGUCACCGCAUAGAACAAGAGGCAAGGGAUUUUUCACAGGAAAGGACUCUUUAGAGGACACCUUUAAAUACAAACAUUUUAAAGCUUUGCUAGGGAUCCGCAGUGUGUGGACAGAAGUAUUGUUUUGGUUGUGGAAGCUGUGUGGAAAACGACGGGGGUCUUACCCAGGUCCCCUUAUUCGCUAUUCAGGUCCUCCAGAGUGAACAUAAAACGGCCUUGUGGAUGCACUUAGAUGUCUGCAAUGACUGCUGUGGCUGGCAUGCCUCAGUGUUUUGGACUCCCAUUCUCUGGACUCAGUAGGACAAGAACUGAUCAGCAGAGAACGUCAUGAGCAUAGUCAUCCCAGUAGGGGUGGACACAGCAGACACCUCAUAUCUGGACAUGGCUGCGGGCUCAGAACCAGAAUCGGUGGAGGCCAGCCCUGUGGUAGUGGAAAAGUCCAGCUACCCACACCAGAUCUACAGCAGCAGUUCUCACCAUUCCCACAGUUACAUUGGCCUGCCUUACGCUGACCAUAACUAUGGGGCGCGGCCCCCACCUACACCACCGGCCUCCCCUCCCCCCUCCAUGUUGAUCCGACAAGGAGAGGGGGGGUUGUUUGUUCCAGGAGGCCAGGACGAAGCAUCCAGGGGCACCACGCUCAGCACCUCAGAGGAUGGCAGCUAUGGGGCUGAUAUCACCCGCUGUAUCUGUGGCUUCACCCACGAUGACGGCUACAUGAUCUGCUGUGACAAGUGCAGUGCCUGGCAGCAUAUAGACUGCAUGGGCAUCGACAGGCAGAACAUUCCUGAGACCUACCUGUGUGAACGCUGCCAACCACGACACCUGGAUAGAGAGAGGGCCAUCCUGCUCCAAACCAGGAAACGGGAAUGUUUGUCUGAUGGCGACACCAGUGCUACAGAGAGUGGAGAUGAGGUGCCGCUAGAGCUCUACUCCACCUUCCAACACACGCCUACCACCAUCACCCUGACUACUGGGCGCCUUGGCAAUAAGCAGGCUGAUAAAAAACGCAAGAAGAGUGGCGAUAAAGAGCCUCCAGCAUCUUCUGCCCGAGCUAAGAAGGCCUUCCGAGAGGGGUCCAGAAAGUCCUCCAGAGUAAAGGGUGCAGCUCCAGAGCAGGAGCCAACAGAGCACCCAUCGCUGUGGGAGAACAAGAUCAAGACGUGGAUGGAGCGUUACGAGGAGGCCAGCAGCAAUCAGUACAGUGAGGAUGUCCAGGUCCUGUUGCGUGUUAAAGAGCAAGGCGAUGGCAAGAGCCUGGCGUACAACACGCACCCAGCCUCUUUCAAACCCCCUGUGGAGAGUCAAGUUCAAAAGAAUAAGAAGAUCCUCAAGGCAGUGCGAGACUUGGCCCCAGACUCCCUCAUCAUUGAGUACAGGGGAAAGUUCAUGCUUCGACAGCAGUUUGAGGCCAACGGAUACUUCUUCAAGAGGCCAUACCCGUUUGUGUUAUUUUAUUCUAAAUUUGAUGGACUGGAGAUGUGUGUGGAUGCUCGCAGCUUUGGUAACGAAGCACGCUUCAUCCGUCGCUCCUGCACCCCUAAUUCUGAAGUGCGGCACGUCAUUGAAGAUGGCAUGCUGCAUUUAUACAUCUACUCAUUGAGGCCGAUCACCAAAGGCACAGAGAUCACCAUUGGUUUUGAUUUUGACUAUGGCAGCUGUAAAUACAAGGUGGACUGUGCCUGCGUGAAGGGGAACCAGGAGUGCCCGGUGCUCAAGCACAACUUAGAGCCCACGGAAAACCUGGGCUCUGGAGGCCGGCGCAGAGGGAGUCGCAAGGACAAGGAGACGGUUCGGGAUGACCAGGGCCAGAACCAGAACAUGGGUCUGGAUGGCGAGGGGAAAAGCAAGAGCGUAGGCGAUGGCAAACAGAGGAAACUCUCUCCUCUCCGCCUCUCCAUCUCAAACAACCAGGAUCCUGAGUUAUAUGAGGAUCUAGAAGACAAAACCUCCGUUAGCAAUGAAGUAGAGAUGGAGUCAGAGGAGCAGAUUGCAGAGAGGAGGAGGAAGAUGGCCAGCCCAGUGGAGCAGUCCCAUCUCCCUGUCGGGGCAGCUUCCAGCUGGAAGGGACUGAAACACAAGGAGACACGAGAGGAGAGGAAGAUGGAGGCCAUCCUGCAAGCCUUUGCCCGAAUGGAGAAGAGGGAGAAACGGAGGGAGCAGGCCCUGGAAAGAAUUGGUAGCAUCAAGUCAGAGGUCGGGGGCCGCAGUGACAUCAAGGAGGAGCCUCCAGCCACUCCAGAGACAGCAGAUUCUCCAGCUGUCAUGCAGCCACUUCUGGAGGUAAAAGAGGAGCCAGGAUUGAAGCCGGCCAAGGUCAAAGGCUCGAGAAACAGGAAAAGUUUCUCAAGGAACCGCACGCACAUUGGCCAACAGCGCCGUCGAGCUCGCACCAUCAGCACCUGUUCUGACUUACCCCCGGGCUCUCCAAUUGAGUCUGUGGAGCCUCUGACCAACGAAGCCCCCGAAGGAGAGACACCCACUGCACCAGAGCCAGAGGCUAUCACUUCCCAAGCACCGGACACCAGCCCUCCGCACAGCAGCUCACCUGCACCUGACAGAAACCGCACCGGGAGCAAGAACUUCAAAACUAAAAAGAUCUCAAACUCUUUUCAACAGCACUUUGUGAGCGAGUGGGUAGGAGAGAAGCAGCAGGACCGUGGUGCAGUACGAACCCCAGAGCCGGCCCCAGAGAGGCCACUGAGAAUAAGCAGUGACCCUGAAGUACUUGCCACACAGCUUAACGCCCUACCAGGCAUGGCCUGCUCUCCACAGGUCUACAGCACGCCCAAACACUACGUCCGCUUCUCGUCCCCUUUCCUGGCAAACCGCAGCCCCACAACUCCCGGAGUCCCCACUGGGAGACGGCGGUCCAGAGAACUGCCAGAAAUGCCGCCAACCACUGGCUCCUGCAAGAAGCGAUGGUUGAAGCAGGCUUUAGAGGAGGAGGGCUCCACCAGCCCGGCCAGACGACCGAGCCUCCUCAUGCCCUGUGAGGGUCCUCUCAGCCCCGCCAUUAAUGGAGACUCUGACAGCCCUCUACCUUACAAUGGCACCUGCUCGCUACCAGAGUUGCCCACACCUUUGAAAAAGCGGCGGUUGAGUCCGUUAGAUGCCUGUAUGUCUGAGAGCUCGACACCCUACGGCUCCCCUUGUGCCACACCCACCAGGGCAGACCAAUCGGAGACACCCGCAACACCCAUCUUACUGGCUACCCCACCACGUCCCAGAACGGAGGAGCCAAGUACAGAGCCCCUGCCCAGCACCCCAACACAGACACUUAACACCCCUCUGGAAAGUGAAUCUUCAGUGGAAAGCUCCCCAGAGGUCAGCCGGAAACCCAGUGUACAGGAGGCCGAUCGUCCUCCUUCGUUGGUGUCCUCCCCCUGUGUCAGGGCUCCCAGUACAGACGGACUCCUGACAGAAGCCAAGGUGUCUGUUCCUGAGAGUCCGCAGCCUCCAGCUGCUGAGUCUGUGGACUGUGGAGAGGACAGAGCUGAUGGUGGGGUCAUAGAAGGUAGUAAUGAGGCUUCCUCAUCAGCAGAAACGUGUGCUUCCUCCUUUCCUGGCUGGAUAAAAAGCCCAGACAGAGGCCCGACUGGACCAGCUGGCCUGAACUUCUCUCCAGUCAACUCAAACUUAAGGGACCUCACGCCCUCACACACCCUGGAGCCUCUGGCAGCUCCCUUUAGACCUGAAGCCGCAGCUGGAGCUGCAGCAGGGUCAACAGCAGGGGCGCCAUCAUUAGUUGGCUCUCAGGCCCCCUUCAGUGAAGGCCAGGGGCAGCUCUUCUACCCCUGCUCUGAGGAUGGAGGUUCGCUGGGCUUCUCACGCUCUCUGAAUGGGGAUGGCAGUGGUGAGGGAGGAGGGUCAGCACAGAACCCCCCACAGAAGAAGAAGGUUUCCCUGCUGGAAUACAGGAAACGUCAGCGUGAAGCUCGUCGCAGCGGCUCCAAGACCGAGUGCAGCUCUCCCGUUUCCACCGUGCCGCCUUUGACUGUGGAUGCCUUCCCUGUUGCGCUAGAGACGACCAGUGAACCUCUUCUACCCCCAGCUCCCACAGCUCUCUGCAACGCCAACACCACCGUUGUUAAAGAGCCCCAGACAAGUGAGGAGGCUGAGAUGCAGGGAGAGAAAGGGGAGAAGGAAGUAGGAGAAGGACAGUGGACGUCGUCCACAUCUGUCGAGCAGGCCCGGGAACGCAGCUAUCACAGAGCUCUGUUGCUCAGCAAAGACAAAGACACGGAUGGUGAGACAGAAGGUGGUGAUACACCUGCACUGAGAGACUGUCCAUCUCCAAGUCUUCAAAAGACCCCAACCCACACACCCUGCUCUCCUGGUCCUCUUGCCCAGCCUCCCAGUCGGCCAGCGAAGGAGGAUGACGGCGACAGUCAGCCUCGGACUCCAAAUCCAACUAGCCAGCCACCGUGCAAGCCUACGGGAACGAAGUCUGCACCUCUGACCCCAACGAAGCUGCAUCCCACUCCGUUACCCUCCUCUCCUGUCCACUACCCCGGACCUUCCCUCCUCCAUUCCCCCAAGCCUCAGCCUCAGGGUUCUCCCUACCGCAGCCAGAGGGCGCUGUUCUCCACCCAGCCUCAAACCCAAACCCAGCCCCAGGCUCAGACUGGCCCAGCAACUUUCCCCCAGUAUAACACACAGAGUGCUCCACCACCACCUCCCCCUCCUCCACCAGCACCGCCGGCCUCCACGGCAUAUUUUCCCAGCCAGAGUCCCUCUCCUGCUGGACCUUUCCCUGGGUUUAAACCUGCUGUCACACCCCCUUACCCUCCUGGUUCUCAGCCCCUAAUGCAGACUCUUCCCCACAGCGUGCACUAUCAGAGCUCAGCUGCUCCUCCGCCCCCUCCACCUCCACCCCCGCACCCGAUGCCUGGCCCCGCCCUGCUGCACGUCAACCUGCAGCCUCCUCCCAUCCAGCAGCACCAGCUCAUGCUGACCUCUGCUCCUCCUCCACCUCCUCCCCCACAGGGCCAGACCUCCCAGCAGCAGCAGCAGCCUCCUGCUGGCAGCACCCUCCUAUCACUCACCCCUCCUCCGCCUCCUCCUCCACCUCCACCUGCCCCCUCGACCAAUGCCCCGAUGCAGGCCCACCACUUUCAGAACUUAGGGGGUUUUCAGCCAGCGUUGCUGCACCCGGGUGCCUCCGCCAACCCUUCAGUAAACCCAUCCACAUACCCCCCACCCCUUCAGCAGACUGGACUGCCUCCACCUCCCCCUCCUCCUCCCCAACAGACUCAACAAGGCCAGGCCCAGGCCGCUGCCUCCCAGAUGCCUUCUGGGACUCGUGGAGCUCCUGCGUCCUCGACCCCCUUCCACAGCUCGGGGUACCUGAGCACAGGGUGGCACUGACGGCCCUCUCUGCUGUCUGCCCCCAGCAGCCUCUGAGAACUCAGCCUGAGAGGGGCGUGUAUCAUACGCUGUAGAUAUGUUUUCUAUGUACCUGAACACAUGGCCAGUGGAAAAACAGCUGAUUGUGGGAUAAAAGGAUACUUUUUGAAAAAAACAGGACAGAAAAAUUUUAGAAAAAAGGAAAGUGAAAUAAUCUUCAAGACAAACUGUACAAAAUGAAGAUGGACGAUCCCCCGGUGCUCAUAGCCCUCUCUCUCUGGCCUCCUUUUGUUUUUAUAUAUCCUUCCUGUGAUGGAGAGUAAAGCUCUCUGUUCUGUGUCUUGUUUGGACUCCAGUUGUAACGCCCCGCACUUUGUUUAUCGAUGGACAUUCCAGCCUAUAACCCCCUCCCCCCUUCCUCCUCCUCCUCUGUCAGUUAUUCCUUUUACUUCCUCUUCUCUCUCAUCUGUUGUCGGCUCUCUACACCAUUUAUUUGUUUUAAUCUAGUGGCUCAUUAUAGCAAAGAGAAAGCUUUUUGUAUAGAGAAAAAAAACACAAUUAUUUUUUUUAUUCCUCUGUCUAACAACAAAUAUCUGUUCACCGCUGCAGAUUCAGAAAAGACCCAUUUCUGGGAGCCUGCCUCACCGCCCUGGGAGGCUGCACUCUGUGUGCGUGCGUGCGUGCGUGCGCGCGCGUGAGUGUGUGUGCGCGCGUGAGUGUGUGUGCGUGUGCGUGUGCGUGCGCGUGUGUGCGCGUGUGUGUGCGCGUGUGUGUGCGCGUGUGUGUGCGCGUGUGUGCGCGUGCUUGCGUCUGUGCGCGUGUGUGUGCGCGCGUGAGAGAGAUUUCGUGUAAUGAGUGCUUGUAAUCUUCAGAGGUAGGCAGAGUGGACUUGCCCACAGGUAGGACAUUAGCGGUUUAUUUUUGAAUAUCAAUGGUUAUUUGUAGAAAGUGUAAUUUAAUGUAUAGGUGGUUACUCCAGCUUUCACCAGGAACAGGUUGUAAAUAUUCGCUUCUUUUCUUUUCUAUGCUUGUACAAUUCGCUCCCAUCCCAUUUUGAAAUAUGGUUGUACAUAUGAACGCUCUUCUUGGCAAAGCUGAAUGUUUUUGUGACUGUAGCAUUAUUUUUAUUUUAUUUUUUUCUCCCUCUGGACUCUUCAACUUUUGUCUUUUUUAUUAUUUGUGUGUGUGAGUGUAUGUUUGUGUGGAGGGGAGAGACUCACAGACACUGCACUGGUUGGCUAUUUUCAUGGUUCAUUAUAAUAAAUCACUGUAAUGACAGUUUUAUACAACUUGUCGUGA